AUGACGGUGAUGGACCUGAUCGGCGACGAGACAGCCUACAGGAGAUGUCACUUUUGGCCUCCUACUCAGCGUGUUUGUGGUGUGUGGCUUGGUCCUGUUGACUCUUUGUGCCUUCGCCUCUUGGAAGCUGUGCUGGGUGCCUUACUGGCAGAACAAGGCGGCAGCAGCCCUUUCCUCCAGCUCUGCAGCCCUGACCCCGGCCUGCGGUCCCCCAGACGACUGCCCCCCCUUCCACCUCCACAUCUACCCUCCUCAGCCCCAGCACCAGUUCCUCCCAAGCCCCAACCAGCAGAAGUCACCGGUCACCAUGGCAACGGAGAAAGUAAGGACCCGAUGGGUUCCGCGGGUUUCCUGGAGGCUGCUGUGAAGAUAAGCCACACGUCACCUGAUAUCCCAGCGGAGGUGCAGCUGUCAAUGAGGGAACACUUUAUGAGGCGUACUCAACGCAUGCAGCGGCAGACCACUGAGCCUGCUUCCUCCUCCAGACACAGCUCGUUCAAAAGGCACCUGCCCAGACAGAUGCAGUCGAUCAGCCUGGACCUUGGCAAUGACUAUUUUGACGAGGACGAGCAGCCCACCAGCAUCGGACGCAUCAAACCCGAGCUCUACAGACAGAAGACCCUGGACACUGACGAGUCCGCCAAGAACAGCAACGCCAAGAACUGUGGGAAGAUCAACUUCUCACUGAAGUACGAUUAUGAAAAUGAGGCCCUCCUGGUCAACAUCCUCAAAGCCUUCGACCUGCCCGCCAAGGACCUGUGCGGCAGCUCCGACCCCUACGUCAAAAUCUAUCUUCUCCCUGAUCGCAAGAAGUUCCAGACGCGCGUCCACCGGAAGACGCUCAACCCCACGUUCGACGAGUCCUUCCAGUUCCCCGUGCCUUAUGAUGAGCUGGCUGUUAGGAAGCUCCACAUGAGCGUGUUUGACUUUGACAGGUUCUCCAGACAUGAUAUGAUCGGGGAGGUGGUGGUGGAUAACCUCGUUGAGACGUCAGACCUCUCCAGGGAGACGGACAUUUGGAGGGACAUUCAGUACACCACAACUGAGAGUGUGGACCUGGGAGAGAUCAUGUUCUCACUAUGCUACCUGCCCACUGCUGGACGACUCACCCUCACGGUCAUCAAGUGCAGGAACCUCAAGGCCAUGGAUAUCACGGGAUACUCAGAUCCCUACGUCAAAGUGUCUCUCGUCUGUGACGGGAGGCGUUUGAAAAAGAAAGCGACAACCAUCAAGAAGAACACCCUGAACCCCACGUACAACGAGGCCAUCAUCUUCGACAUCCCCCCAGACAGCAUGGACCACGUCAGCCUGCACAUCUCAGUCAUGGACUAUGACUUGGUUGGUCACAAUGAAAUCAUUGGUGUGAACCGUGUGGGGUGCAGUGCUGAGGGGCUUGGCAAGGGCCACUGGAACGAGAUGCUGGCGUACCCACGCAAGCCCAUUGCACACUGGCACCCCCUACUGGAGGCCAAGAAAUCAGAGAAAGAGUGGAAAACGCGGACGGCCAGUUUUGACAGCCAGGGCUCCUGCCCCUCCCCCAGGCGUCCUGCUAGCCCCUGAGCAGAACCACAUGUGACCCUAGCGGAACGGCCCAGGUUUGGUUUGGGCCUCUUCUAUCUCUCCUACUGAUCUUACUUCCUGUCUGUUCUGUCCGCCUGAGCCUAAGGAGAAACAUAACCCCACUGAGUCUCUCUCUCAGUCUUCACUUUCCCUCAAGUGUAGCCACAGACUGCUCCCAGUCCUAAGACCAGAUCCUGGAUCAGCAUCGUCAGUUAUUUGUGAAAGUUAUUUGUGAAAGUAACGCUGAUCUGGAGUCAGACCUACUACUUGGGAGGCUUUGGUUUGGUUUUUAUCCUGAGCUGAUCUUCUCACGUGAGUCCCCAAAGGGGAAGAUUGUUGUCUGAGUGGAACAGCAGACUGCCGUUUUCCAGUGUAUCUAUCUUUGGGUUGAGGCUGAUGGAAUGUGAUCACAGCGCUCUCACAGGGACUCGGCCUAAACACACUGACGUUUCUGCUCAGCACUGCAGAGCUCUUUGAUGAGAGGCCCCACAUGGAAACCACACUUUGAAUGCAGUUGAUGUUCCCCAGAGAGACAGAGAAAGAGAACUGAAGGAUAUGGGGUAAGAUAGGAACUGAAGGACAGUGGAAGGAACUGCAGAAUGUCUAAAGCCGUCUGCCCUUCCUUUCUCCUUUUGUGCGGCAGUAACAAAAAAAACAACAUUGUGACCCAGUCAAAUGUGUAGUUCUUUCACCAAACAUUAACUGUCAUAGUAACCAAGCCAAACAAGGCAACAAACUCAUUUGAAAAUAGUAGCUAUGUUGUAUAUCUUCGCGACAUAAACCAUUACAUUUUCAGGAGUAAUGAACAAGAGCUUAAAGGGGUGGUUUUAACCAGUCAAAUAGUGUUCAUGGAGUUUAUAGCGGUUCAUUGAAUCAACAAAUAUGAUCAGCACAUAAUACGAGCACAUUGCAACAAUGUUGGAGCAUAGCACCCGAGUGUCUUUCUAUGGAACAACGAAGAGUUGAAUAGCACACAGACUCCGAACCACCCUUACCUCUCGCUUUGCUUUCUCCUAGUCAGUCUUGGUUCUCUUACCUCUUCCAUCGAAGUGUAUUCUCAUUACUCCUGUUCCCAUAGUUUUCCUCUCUCAGCUGAACGUACCGCACUUCUUCAGCACCUUCUUAUCGUGUUCUGUUCUCUGGGGUUGGGUUGAAACUGUACAGCACAGUCCUCUAUCUGCUCAUGUAAAGUUUGUAUUUCCCGCCAGAAUACAAAUUAGGUAUAGAACUAGUAUUGUUGUGUUUUGGGAGUUUUCCUUAUCCUGCAGCGUCCAGACCCUCUACUCCAGAAUAAGAGAAUAUGACCCUCGGUGGACAUAAUCAACUACUCAUUUCCUUAUUGUCUUGUCUAUCAUAAGCCAGAGGUACACUGGAGCAAUUUGUAAUGGGGUGACUUUCAAUAUGCUCUUUAUACAAGGAUUCGUUUAUUGAAUAUUGCUGAGGAGUUUGAUCUAAAUCCAAACAUAUUAUUUGCGUUAUUGAACAUUAUUCAAAAAAAUCCAACAAGUCAGCGUUUACAGUACAUGUAGGCAGUCAUGUAGCUACUUAUUCUACUGUUUUUUUAAAUGGUUGUACUGCUGGAUAUUGGACAGAUAUACAGUACCAGUCAAAAGGUUGGACACACAUACUCAUUCAAGAGUUUUUCUUUAUAUUGACUAUUUUCUACAU